ACUGGACUUUUGUGUGUGCAGAGCUGCAGUAUACGCGCGGAUGGAGAGUCAGAAAGGGAGGGCGCACAGAGCGAGACAGCAUCAGUACAGCGCGGCAGUGAGCCACGGUCACACAGGGCUGAGUGAGCGCAGUGGAAGGACGCACUUUCAGUUGCACUCCUGAGGGAAAAACACGACUUGCCUGCUGGACGGUGGCGCACAUCACUCAGACAAACACAGUCAAGGACACAUGUGAGCCGAGUGCGUCUCCACGGAGAACAUUUCGCGGACUCUGCGUUCAGGAUUCAGGGAUUUGUUUUAAUUUCUUCUUCUUUUUUUUUUUUGCGUAAGUCAUGGUAUUUGUUUGGAAACUAAAUAAACAAUGCUCUCCGAUGGAGUCGACUAAUUCACAAAGAUGAGACUCGGAGGGGGCGAUCGACAACAUUCAAUGGUUCUUUGGUCUCCUCAGGUGGGACAAAGUCCGAUAAGCUGCACAAGUCUCACCCACUGAGCCUGAGAAGCGGUCACCUUCUGAAAUGAUGUCUGGUGGCGACGUGCGUGGUGCGCCAGCGUGCGUGUGAGUGACUGACCGAUAGCCUUUCUGAGAAAGAGAGAAAGAGCCUGGAUAUAAACAGGAGCCGGGAUUUCAGGCAGCGACAGCCAGACACUCACCGGCUCUCUCCCAGCUACUCACACCCAUGCAGGAUGCCCGGAGAGCGCCGGAGAGUCCUGGUCCAGCUCAGCCCGAGUUCAUGACGCUCUGGGCGGUCUCGUCAUGCGUCUCUUGCCCGAGCCCAGUGCCCAGUCCCUCCGACUCCUCUUCCUCUUUAUCUUCGUGAUGGGGGUGGCCCCUUCACCGGCUCUCACUGCCGGUUGCCCUGACAGAUGCGUGUGCGACGACCAGCUGGUGGUCCAGUGCGCUGGCCAGGAUCUUACCCAGUUUCCCAAUGACCUCCCCCUGGCCACCCGGCAGCUCAUAAUCUCGAACAACCGCAUCGGGGACCUACCGGCGCUGCAGCUCAACUACCUUUCCGAUCUGGUGUAUCUGGAUUGUAGCAACAACUCACUGACAGAAAUCUCCGAGUCCACUUUCGGGAACUUGAGGAAACUCGCUUAUCUGGACUUGUCAUUCAACAACCUGCUGCAGAUCGAGGACCGGACUUUCGGGCCCCUAGCGUCUCUGGUGAUGCUCCGGCUGACGGAUAACCCGAGUCUGGGGGAGAUCCACCCGGAUGCCUUUGCAGAGAACAUGGCUCUGCAGGUGCUCGAUGUGAGCCGGAACAACCUGACGACCCUCAACAUUAGCAGCCUGAUCGCCCUGCCUGCUCUGAGGUCUCUGGGGCUCAGCGGCAACCCAUGGAGAUGCGACUGUGACACAGAGGACCUCUGCCUUUGGCUGCAGAUAGAGGGAUACAAGUUCCAAGAUGAGGGCCAGACAGUUUGCCACAACCCUCCGGAGCUGGCUGGCCAGCGGUUGGCGGAGGUCGGCAUGCAGUUGCGGGCAGAUUGCCACCAAGGCCUGGGCUACUGGGACUACCUCUUCUUCAUCGCCAUCGGCUUUGUCAUCUUCUCGGCCGGCACGGUGUCGGCUUGGGUGAUGGGCGUGCUAAUGGUGCUGUACGAACGCUACAGCAAGCGAAAGAGCGAGGAACUGGACAGCGAUGACGAGGACGAAAGGGGAGGGAUGGGUGGAGGUGGGGGAGGUGGAGGGGGAGGUGGGAACCAGGGGAAUGGUGAUCUGAGCAAGCCUGGCAUGCAAGUGUGA